GGUUGUUUCCAUUCUGGAACUGUUUCCACAACUGUUUGUGCGCCGACCGGGGCUGAUGUCCAACUUCCGGGAUCUGCUGCGGCGGCUUGAAGAAGCGCAUGAUCAAGAGCUUAGUCAGCUGAGAGAGGAGCUCCGACAGACACGAUGGGCGAGUCGCAAGCAGACGAUGACCAUGAGCAUGGACGGUCUCUUUGAUGAGUCCACAAAGGAGGCUCUGCGUCAGCUUGCAGAGGAGGGUGAAAAAGAUGGCGGAGAAGAUGACAAAGACAAGGAUGCUGAUAUGGUUGGAAGGACGUCUUCUUUAUGGAAAAAGACAACCUUGGAGAUUUUUCCUGAAUGGGAAGAAGACACAGGAAGGCAAGCACCCAGUGUGAUUCUCGCACGCAAGUCAUCCCUGGAGAAUGAAGAGAACCGACAUGGAUUAGACAAACCUGGCGGUCUAUGCUACGCCAACGGAGUCUUUCGACCUGAGGUGCACUUGGUCAUUAUCUGGCAAUUGGUGGGUGUUUUGGUCCUAGGUUUUGACACUUUGUGGGUGCCGAUGGAGGUCUUCCCGCAAGAUCCAAGCGCAGCCUUCGCUUGGGUACAGGGACUCACAUCCUUCUACUGGUUCCUGGACAUUUUCGUCAAUAUGAACACUGCCAUAUACUCCGAGAAAGGAGAGAUUGAUAUGCGCCGUUGGCACAUCGUCCGUGCUUAUGCUCGGUCAUGGUUGAUUUUUGAUGUGCUCUUGAUCAGCCUGGAUGUUUAUGCCUACAUGGCGAACUUGUUCAAUCCUGAUAGUACAGCAGCUGGUGCUGCCAGAUCUGGAAGGAUUGCAAGGUUUAUGCGAAUUAUCCGCUUGCUACGCUUGGUACGUUUGGCCAAGCUGAGGCAGCUCCUUUUCGCUCUGCAGAGUCUCAUUGAUUCCGAGUGGGUGACUUUAAUGCUGGCUGUUGUGCGGAACCUCGCGGUGAUUUUGCUUUCCAAUCACUACAUCGCUUGCCUUUGGUUCUUGAUCGGCACCACCGGCCACGAUGCGGAGGCAGAUUGUUGGGUGCCUAGAGAAGGGAUUCAGGAUGCCGAGAUGUCAGUGCAGUAUAUGGUUUCGAUUCAAUGGUCCUUGGCACAGUUUACACCUGGAGCCUCGUUGAUUCAAGUUAGAUGCCGGAUUGAGCGUGCAUACUAUGUAUUCGUCCUCGUGUAUGGGCUGGUUCUGGGCACCUGCUUUGUCAGUAGUAUCACUACGAUUAUGAAUGCAGUGUGGUCACUCACACGCUACAACACAUCCCAGAACUUCCUUCUGAAGAAGUUCCUCAAAGAGAAUGCAGUUUCGCGGAACCUGUCUAGCAGAAUCUUGAGGUAUGUGGAUUAUGUUCUUGAGUUGCGACACAGGAGAACACAUCAUUCGAAGGUUCACUACCUUCAGCUCUUGUCUGGUCCUCUACAUUGGGAGCUCCAAAGGGAGAUUCACUCCCACACGCUGAACCAACAUCCAGUUUUUGCUCAAUACUCGGCGACAGCUUCUCCAGCCAUUUCUCAGAUAUGUGCAACAGCACUAUCCAAUAUAAUCUAUGCAAAGAAAGACAGAGUGUUUCACCAGAGUAAGGAGGCAAAGGAGAUGUAUUUUCUGGUUUCUGGAGCGUUCGUGUACUAUGUGAAGGUAACGAUUAAUCGGAGGGAAAUUCCUUUGACGAUCCAGCUGGAGCAAAACAGCUGGAGCUGCGAAGCAGCUUUGUGGUUGGUUUGGCGCACACGUGGAGAGAUGAGGGCUCUUGCAGAGUCUGAUGCUUUGGUGGUGAACUCGAAGAAGUUCCGUGAAGCUUCCCUCGCCUACCCAGCGGCUGCAGCUCUGGGCCGUGCUGCUGCGCAAAGCUUCUAUGAUCAUGCAAUGGAACUUUCCACAACCACCGAGUUUGGCCUUCUUGAUGUGCCAGCAGAGGUGGUAUCUGCCACGCAAAGCCUGGACGGCCAAGGAAGUGAAGUCUUGGAGAUCCAUCGAGAGCUCCAACGUGCUGAACUUCAAGAAGCCAAGUCUUCGCGUCCACCGGAGUUUUGGGCCUCCUGGGAAACAAGCCAUCAAAAGAAGGUUGCUCGCCUUAGAUUGACGUCAGAUUGUUCUGGAACUUUGACAGUUCUUUGACUUGAGCAGUUGAUAGAGAUGCCGUAAAGCUUUAAGCAUGCAGUGCGCAGCUGUUCUGGUUUGCUGCAAGACGAGGAAAUUAACACCAAGAAAUCGGAGCAAGUCCAUUGCCUGGAAAGCGUAUGUCCUUGCAUAGAGAGAGAGAGAGAGAGAGAGAAAGAGAGAGAGAGAGAGAGCGAGCACAAGACAGCGAGCAUGGGAGAGAGGGAGAGGGAGCUUGAGAUUGGAAAGCUACAUCCAAACAUUUCUGCAGAUUCUAGUUGCUUCCAAAAACACACACACACUAUAUAUAUAUAAUAUACAUAUAUAUAUAUAUUUGAUUUCCUGCCGUUGACCGUUGACCUUAGGAAGAUGUUGCUGCUGCAUCUCCAGAGGCGAAGCCUUCUGAGGAAUCGAGUGCAGGAGAAGCAAGCCCGAGUGUUCAGACAUUCGCAGAUACCACGCCGGUAGGUUUGUCUGUGUGAAGCAUUUGAUGGAGGCAUUCAUGCACUGGGGG